UGAUUGGCCAUCUCUCCCCUCCCCCACCUCCGUCCAAGAUGGCGGGUCUUUCUUUGUAUUACGAGGACUCCCAGGACGAGCUGGAGGAAUUUGGGUUUGAAGAAUACAGCUCGGACAGUGAAGGAAUAAGGAUAACAUCAUUCUUGGAUUUGCCAAAUCAAGACGAACUGACUCCUCUUUCCAGAUUGGAGAAGUAUGCUGCCAGUGCCAAUGUGUUUAACAGGCAGAUUGUCGCUCGAGGGCUCUUGGAUGUUUUGCGAGCUUUUAGCGAUGACGAAAAAGAUUUCAUGGCUGUCAUGGAGACUAUUGUUCGACUCUCCGAAGAUACAGAGCCCACUGUACGUGCUGAGUUGAUGGAACAAGUGCCACACCUAGCUAUGUUCCUUCAAGAGAAUCGACCAUCUUUCCCGACGGCUUUUUCUAAGUAUCUUGUGCCUGUGGUUGUAAGAUACCUCACUGACCCCAAUAAUCAAGUUCGUAAAACAAGUCAGGCUGCCCUGCUGGUAUUACUGGAACAGGAGCUGAUCGACCGGACUGAUGUGGAAGUAAAAGUUUGCCCAGUUCUGCUGGAUCUCACAGCUCCUGAAAGUGACGAUGAUUAUAAGAUUGAAGCUGUAGCAAUAAUUUGUAAAAUGGCCUCCAUAUUGACCAGUGAAAUAACUGAACGUCUACUGCUAUUUCGGUUUUGUGAGCUGUGCAAUGAUGGCAAAUUGUUCCAUGUUCGUAAGGUAUGUGCAACUAAUUUUGGAGAUAUCUGUAAUACAGUUGGCCAGGAAGCAACUGAGAAGUACAUGAUCCCCAGGUUUUACCAGCUGUGCUCGGACAAUGUUUGGGGCAUUCGGAAAGCAUGUGCAGAGUGCUUCAUGGCAGUGUCCUGUUCUGUUUCCCCCGAGGUGCGCAGAACUAAACUCUCUCCACUCUUCAUUAAUCUCAUCAGUGACCCUUCCAGAUGGGUCCGCCAAGCUGCGUUCCAGUCUCUCGGUCCAUUUAUCUCCACUUUUGCCAAUCCAUCUAGUGCUGGCCUGUAUAUCAAGGAGGAUGGUACACUGAGCAUUAGACAGCUGGACAAUAGCGUUGCAGAUGUCAGUGCUUCCUCCGGAGAUGCAUCUGAAAUUCAGAACCAAGGCACUUUGCAGAAAGCCACUUCGUUAAGAAAUGAUGAAUUGACCAGUGACGGAAGUCUGCUUCAGCAGGAUGAGACAUCUGAAACUCAAGGGAAUGUUCAAUUAAACUCUAAUUUGGGCACUUAUGAUUCUCGGAUGAAAAUACCACCAUCUGAUACGUCAGAUAGUACUGUUCCUGCUUUGGCAUCAAGUGAUCAGGCAGCAAUGGACCAAACAGCUGAUAAAAGCAAGUGCGUCACUACAAAUGAACGUUUAGAAGUUGCAAUUGCUAAAGAAACUGGGAAAAUUAACUCCACAUCCCUUCGAGUAAAUGUGGAGCACCCUGUAGACAUGUUUAAUUCAUUUGUUUAUUGGAGAUCGCCUCUACCUGACAUCAGUUGUGACUUGGAGCUGCUACAAACAGUAGUUAAGGAGGAAAAGCGAGAACAGAACAUCACCUCCAUUUCAGGGAUACUAUCUGAAGGUUCCACGACAAACAGCGAUCUGGAGAAAGUACUGGAGAGCUUACAGGCGCACCUGGAUGACCCUGACGUACAAGCACAGGUCCAGGUGAUUAGUGCUGCUCUUCGAGCGGCACGAUUGGAUUCUGUGCCAGAAGAAGAACUGUCAGCUGAUGGUGAAAAUACAGAUGCAGACCAGGCUGAUGCAUCACUCUUCAGCCCAGAACCUGCCUCCCCAACUGACACCAAUUGCAUCAAGACUGAAGUAUCUGUUGGCUUGGACACUGCAGCUGAGGUUACAAGGCCAUCAACUGAACUCUUGGUUGAAUGUUUAGAAUCUAAUGAAAAUGAACAGAUUAUGAACCUGAGUAGCGAGACACAUUGUCAUGCCGAGACACUCGAGAUGGAACGUCACGACAGUUUGCUAUUUGGCGAUGAUCAAUCAAAAAUACAGGAUGUUAUUCCGCAGCAGUUGCUGGAUCAGUAUCUAUCAAUGACUGAUCCCUCCCGAGCUCAAACCGUUGACACGGAAAUUACAAAGCACUGCGCAUACAGCCUCCCAGGUGUGGCUCUAACCCUUGGCAGGCAGAAUUGGCAUUGUUUAAAGACUACUUAUGAAACUUUGGCAUCCGAUGUGCAGUGGAAAGUGCGGCGAACACUGGCCUUUUCCAUACAUGAACUUGCUGUGAUCCUCGGCGAUCAGCUCACUGCUGCUGAUCUGCUUCCAAUUUUCAAUGGCUUUCUGAAGGAUCUGGAUGAAGUGCGAAUUGGAGUCCUGAAGCAUCUAUACGACUUCUUGAAACUGCUUCACGUGGACAAGCGCCGUGAGUAUUUGUACCAGCUCCAAGAGUUCAUGGUAACAGAUAACAGCAGGAACUGGCGUUUCCGAUACGAAUUAGCAGAACAAGUAAUUUUGCUGCUGGAGCUUUAUAAUCCCAAUGACGUCCACGACUAUUUACGACACAUCGCUCUGUCACUUUGUUCUGAUAAGGUUGCUGAAGUUCGAUGGAUUUCCUUCAAGUUGGUGGUAGAGAUCCUAAGGAAGUUCUAUGCAUCUGCCACAGACUCAUUGGCUGUGAACUUCAUGAAUGAACUCACUUUUCGGUUCUGCCACUGCGCCAAGUGGACUGGGCGGCAGGCAUUUGCUUUCAUCUGCCAGGCAAUUGUGGAGGAAGAAUGUAUGCCAGUCAAUCAGUUUGUGGAACAUCUUCUUCCAAGUUUGCUGGGUUUAGCCACCGAUCCAGUCCCGAAUGUGCGUGUGCUGCUGGCCAAGGCAUUGAGGCAUACAUUGCUGGAGAAACCGUAUUUCACAGAGGCUGAUAACCCUCACGUAGAAGCCGUUGAAGAGAUCGUCUUGAUCCUGCAGUCAGACAGAGACCGCGACGUGCGCUACUUUGCCAGCGCAGAGCUCCGGAUCAACCACGCAAACACCGCCUCCUUCAUAAACUGAGAACCUUUCCCACAAAGUUGUCUGACUUUCUAACCACACGCAGUUGACAGAGUGGUGCUGCACUGGGUGAACCAUGUCUCUGGCGCACGGUGGAGGCGACACAGGGACGAAGAGGGCGUUGCCUUGGUCUGCAGGCUGGGUCUGGACUAGAGGAUGUCAGCAGCUUCCUCUUUGUUAAAUACAGAGCUUUUAUUACUGAGGGGAAGAGGAUUCCAGGUUGGAGCUGGUGUGGAAUUCACUGACAGGUGGUGACUACAAGAGCCGUGUUUCCUUGACUGUUUUUGGAUCAGAAAAUUAAUGUGAAAGUUCCUUUUUAAAAGUACCCUUUGACACAACUAUUUUUAUUUGUUAAUACAGUUCUAUUUCUACAAGUAAACUACUUUUGAAAUUGUUACGGCAUGAAAUCUUUUUAAAGAAAACUGCACUCCUAACCUUUCUAAUUCUGUAUAGAUUCUUUGUACUAAGAUGCCCAAAUGACAUGCAUUUGGAAGUUUCAGAAAGCAUGAGCACAGUGACCUUUGAGCACAGUUUUAACUAUUUUGGAAACUUGCAGAUAUCUCUUUACUGUUCCUCUCCACCUCCCACAAAUAGUUACUUUCCAUUUCUACCCGGAAACACGCAAUCAGCGUCCUGUUGGUGAGUUGACAAUGGACUUCUGCUGACCUGCUUGGGAGCACUGUCUCUGAGCAACUUAAAAGGGAAGGGGAAGCUUGUACUCCUUUAACCACAGGCUCCCUGGCCUCUCACCCCCACCCCACCCCACCCCGACUUUUCUUUGAUCAUCUGAGCCAGUUUAGUCAUUUGAAAGUUAACCUGGAAGGUGCAGUGGCACUUGAGGCCAGCGGAUGGGGAUUAGCCAGACUGCUACACAGGUGCAUUUUAACUCUUUAAAUUCACAAUGUAAUUGGGAACACUGGUUUUGAGUUUAAUAGCACUGAAAAUGCAAUUGAUACCACUAAUGGCAAAGUAGAGGACUGAUUGAAUGGGAUAAAUGUGAAGUAGAGUGAACUUUUAAUUUUUUUUAAAAAUAUAAAUUAAUUUAAUUACUUUUAUCCUCGGAUCAGCUGCUCCAUAUCUGCUGAAGGGAGUGUGAUAAGUGCUUGGAGAUGGGAUUGCAGGGUGCUCCCAAGGUAAAGGAGAGGUACAUGAAACCUCCACCUAAUUAUUUGGUGCUGAAUGAGGCUGGAGGACUGCUGGUACCAGUCUGGGCCUGCUUCGAUAUCCACCUCUCUCUCCACUAAGGCUCCCCCUUUAGGCAACUUUCCAACUUCAUCGCUCACCACACUGGGUGGGUUUGGGGCAACUGGUGUUCCAAUGUCGGGGAACAAAGCCAUACCUGGCUGGGUAAAGGGAACUUGGUUCUACCUGCAUGACAGUAAUAGCAAUGGUCUAACCCAGUGGAGGAGGAUUCCUCUUUUUGGAAAGGUGGUGUUGAAUGUGCAACCCUCCUUUUCUGUCCUUGUCAUCAGCUCCUCCUCCAUGCAUUAUGGUGAAAGAAUUGGCCUGCAUCAGGAAUUCUUGCCUUUGCACUUGCCUUGUUUUGAUGCCAACUUGUAUUACCAAGCGUUUUUUAUUGAAUGGUGUAUAAGAAUGAGGUUUUUGUAUAGUGUAAAGGCUGGCGAUAUUGUAACUAUAGUUGCAAGUUUUGGGUUUUUACAAUUAACAUUAAAUACUGUGUUGCUGUAA